AUGGCGACGAAGAGACAGACUCCUGUGCUGGUCCUCGCAUUUGGCUUGCUCAUCUGCACCGCUGCGGCGGACGCGUCGAAGUUCGUCCGGCCGCCGUCUCGGCCGCUCGUCACCACGCUGCACAGCAAGGCCGACUCUCACCCGCAGCAGGUCUCUCUCUCCCUCUCUCUUAACUUUUCUUUGUCUGAGGUGCUCCUUUUUCGCCCCAACGAAGUUAGGUCAAAGAAUCGACUCUCUUGGGAUGACCGGAGUCCCACAAGGAUGCGGCUGCUUUGUCUCUGGUGUGGAUCGCCGUAGACUCCACAUCAGGCGGCAGCGACGAGGACGACAAUGGUCUCGGCAUCGUCUGCCCACACGAGUUAUCCUUCCAAAACGUGAACGAACCCCGAGAACACCCACCACAACCCCUUUCUUCACAGGCCACGCGUCCCAAAUAAAACGUUGAAAUCAAGGGAUAAACGUUGACACCUCUCCCCGUCCUCCUCGCAUAAGCUCCCCAAUCUCCAGUAGCUAAUCGCCGGCGGAAUAAUUCUGAUAAUUCUUGAACAAUAUUCCGUCGAAUGCUACAUCAUUCGAAUACACGGGCCGGCCUCGGUCGCUGCCUAUCGAUUCUCCAAGAAUUCCAAGCACUGAGCUUAAGGCUGAUCAAGGGGGGUCAGUAAUCUUCGACGAUGCUUGCAGGUUCACAUAUCGGCGGUGGGGAUGGACGGAAUGGCCAUCUCGUACGUCACCGAGGACAAGACAGUCCCCUCCCUGGUCGAGUACGGCAGGGCCCCGGGAAAGUACUCCCACUCGGCCACCGGCGAGUCAACGUCCUACAAGUUCUUCUUCUACAGUUCCGGCAAGAUCCACUACGUGAGGAUCGGGCCGCUGGAGCCCACCACCGUCUACUAUUACCGUUGCGGCGGCGCCGGCGACGAGUUCAGCUUUAAGACGCCGCCGGCUGCUCUCCCCGUCGAGUUCGUCGUCAUCGGUGAUUAACCAACCAAACACUGGAUGGAACCGGGUCGAACGGGCCGUCGAGUAAUCCUGUUUGUUCCUUUGCUUCUCCCGCAGGGGACCUGGGGCAGACGGAGUGGACGGCGGCGACGCUGGCCCAGGUCAACCGGAGCGACUACGACAUGUUGCUACUCCCCGGCGACCUGCCCUACGCCGACAUGCAUCAGCCCCGCUGGGACAGCUUCGGCCGCUUCGUGGAGCCUUAUGCCAGCCGCAGGGCGUGGAUGGUCACCGAGGGCAACCACGAGAUCGAGUCCCUCCCCGUCGUGGGCCCCCGCCCUUUCCUGGCCUACGACGCCCGGUGGCGCAUGCCGUACGGGGAGAGCAGCUCCUCCUCGAAUCUCUACUACUCCUUCGACGUCGCCGGCGGCAGCGUGCACGUCCUCAUGCUGGGCUCCUACGCCGAAUUCGGCCCCUCCUCCGACCAGCGGCGCUGGCUCGAGGCGGACCUCGCCAAGGUCGACCGCUCCCGGACGCCGUGGCUCGUCGUGCUCCUCCACGCCCCGUGGUACAACACCAACUCGGCUCAUCAGGGGGAAGGCGAGGAGAUGCGCAAGGCCCUUGAGGAACUCCUCUACAGGGCUCGCGUCGACAUCGUCUUCGCCGGCCACGUCCAUGCCUACGAGCGCUUCGUACGGGCCACCCCUCCCUCCCUCCCUCCUCUCUCUCUCUCUCUCUCUCUUUCUCACACUGCCGUCUGUUGCAGAAGAGGAUAUACGAUAACGCUGCCGACCCAUGCGGCCCUCUGCACGUGACCAUCGGCGACGGAGGAAACCGAGAAGGUCUUGCCGACAAGUAAGCAAGCCGCUCUCAGAGGCUCCUCUUCUACUGUACUGUUGUACCACUCGUGUUGUGGCGCCUUUGACGCUGGGCCGCGCUCUUGCGAAGUUUCCAGAGGCAGCACAAGACGGCGCCGCUCUCGGAGUUCAGGGAGGCCAGCUUUGGGCACGGGCGGUUGAGGGUGGUCAACGGGACGCACGCGCGCUGGUCGUGGCACCGAAACGACGACUCCUUCUCCGUCCUCAGGGACGACGUCUGGGUGGAGAGCCUCAGCAGGUCCUCCUCCUGCAACCCGCCGCGUGGCCCGUCGCCGCCGUCGGCGGCUGCUGCGUGGAGCGACGAGCUCUGA